AUGUUAAAACCAUAUACAGGCUUCCCUGGUGGCUCAGAUGGUCAAGAAUCCGCCUGCAAAGUGGGAGACCUGGCUUACAUUGCUGGGUCGGGAAGACCCCCUGGAGGAAGGCAUGGCAACCCACUCCAGUAUUCUUGCCUGGAGAAUCCCAUGGACAGAGCAGCCUGGUGGGCUACAGUCCAUGGGGGUCACAAAGAGUUGGACAUGACUGAGCGAUUAAGCACAGUACAAUAUACUUUACAUUAUGACCCAGCAUAUACACAUACACACAUAUAUAAAACAAGUUUUACAAAACAACACUUACCUGUACAAUUCAACUGGAUGUUGUCAGUUCUGUUUUGUUCUAUUCCACUCAACUUUAUUUUCUAUUCCACUCAACUUUAUUAUAUAAGUUGCUCCUUUAUAACCCUGUAA